CUUAAAAUAAAAUGGAAGCGUCCUACAAAUUGCGAUGUAAUGUUGUUGGUCAUGAAAAAGAUGUACGUGCUCUUGCUCCCACAAUCUUUCCACUCGGUGGAUUUGUCUCGGGCUCACGUGACAUAACUGCUCGAAUCUGGACACCAAAUGAACAUGACAUUGAUUUCAUGGAGGCCCACCGUGUUAGUGGUCACUCCAACUUCAUAGCAGCUGUGUGCGUCAUGCCCCCUGAUGAUACCUACCCACACGGACUGAUCUUCACAGGCAGUAAUGACUCGACUAUACUCGCCUUCAGUCUUGAAUCCCCGGAGCCUGUACUUAAACUGGAAGGCCAUACUGGCACAGUGUGCUCCCUAGCGACUGGAAAGUUUGGCACCCUUCUCAGUGGUUCCUGGGAUACCACAGCAAAGAUCUGGCUUAAUGCAAAGUGUAUGAUGACACUCUCAGGUCAUUCUGCAGCAGUGUGGGCCGUGGCUAUACUCCCUGAACAGGGCAUACUUCUUACUGGCUCAGCUGACAAAACCAUCAAAAUGUGGAAAGCUGGACGAUGUGAAAAGACAUUUAGUGGCCAUGAGGACUGUGUUCGUGGCUUGGCUGUGCUCUCAGGGGCUGAGUUUCUCUCCUGCUCAAACGACGCGACAGUGCGACGAUGGCUGGUCUCUGGGGAAUGCGUACAUACAUACUAUGGACACAGUAACUACAUUUACAGCAUUGCCGUGUUGCCCAAUGGGGAGGACUUUGUGACGGGGGGUGAGGAUCGAACCCUGAAGGUGUGGAAAUCUGGGGAGUGUGUGCAGACCAUCGCACACCCCACAGAGUCUGUCUGGGCCGUGUGCUGUCUGUCUAACGGAGAUGUAGUGACAGGGGCCAGUGAUGGAAUCAUCCGUGUGUUCAGCACGUGCCCAGACAGAGUUGCUGCCCCUGAAAUCCAGGUGGCUUUUGAGGAGCAGGUGGCUGCUUCCACCAUUCCCACUCAGAUUGGUGAUAUCAAGGUUUCUGACUUACCCGGUCCAGAGGCACUGCUGAACCCAGGUGACAGAGAUGGGCAGUCCAAGAUGGUUCGUGAGGACAACUCAGUACAGAUGUAUAACUGGAGUGCAAGAGAGAGUCGCUGGGUGAAGAUUGGGGCUGUUGUAGGUUCUAGUGGGGGUUCUCAGGCUAGCUCAGGCAAAGUCCUCUACGAAGGAAAGGAGUAUGACUAUGUGUUUGAUGUGGAGCUCCAGGAAGGCAGCCCCCCUCUCAAGCUGCCCUACAACAUCGCUGAAGACCCUUGGUUUGCUGCUCAGAACUUCCUCCACAAAAAUGAUCUGAGUCAGCUGUUUCUGGACCAGGUGGCCAACUUUAUACAGGAGCAGACCAAGGGGGUGACUCUUGGUCAGGCUCAGCCUAAAGUCUCUGACCCCUUCACAGGGGGUACCCGCUACGUGCCAGGGUCUGACUCGAGUGGCUCUCUACCCCAGUCUCAAGGAGCUGACCCCUUCACGGGUCAAGGCAGGUAUAUCCCUUCAUCAGGUUCAGCCUCAUCCAAACCUGCUGACCCCUUCACAGGUUCCUCUAGCUACCAGCCCUCUGCAUCAAGCUCCAGUACCCAGAACACCUACUUCCCCCGCAGACAGUUCCUGCUCUUUGAGGCAGUCAAUCCUGCUCAGAUCAUGGGAAAAGUCAAAGAGUUCAAUGAGAAGGUUGAGCCAGGUUUGAAGCUGGAUGUACAGAAGGUGAACGAUUUAAACACAAAGUUCACAGCAGGUUCCCUCUCAGAACAAGAUUUGCCUAUGUUGGUGUCCUUACUACAAUGGCCUGCAGAUGUCUUAUUCCCUGUACUGGACAUUCUACGAGCGGUGAUCAGGCAACCAGCUGUUAACCAGUAUUUCUGUUCCACUGGACUAACCAGCUUGGAAGAAGUCAUUAAGUACAUAUCUCCUGGUGCCUCUGCACCUAAUCAAAUGCUCAGCCUAAGGGUCAUGUGUAACCUCUUCAGCCAAUCAACAGGAGAGAAGUUUAACAUGAAGCACCGUGACACAAUUCUAGGUGCAGCUGUGAACUGUUUACAGGGAAGCACAAAAAACAUUCAGGUUGCGCUAACAACUUUGCUGUUGAACUAUAGUGUGUCUCUGGUUAGAACACCAGACGAGGAGUUCAAACCUCAGUGUGUUAGUGCAUGCAUCCAGGUGCUUAGUCAUCCACAGCUGGACCCCGAGGCUAUAUUUCGCAUUCUUGUGGCCCUGGGCACACUAUUGGAAGACGACCCAACCAGUCUUGCUGUAGCCAGGUCAUUAGAUAUUCAGAAUUUACUUCAACCAUUGUCCAAUCAUCCAGAGCCAAAGAAAGUGUCAGAGUGCUCUACACUUUUACUAUCGCUGCUAUCUUGACUUCAGCAAAAUUUAACCUGAUCAAGAGAUGUGAUACAGAUUUUUUUUAAACGAACAAUUUAUUUAAUUAUAAUAAUAUGAUGUGUGACAAUGUACUACACAAUCUGAAUGGUGUUACCGUACAAUAAAAAAGUGCUCUAAUAAA